AUGAAUAAAAUUCUUCCUAGAUUAUUAUCAGUUCGUGAUCUAGUAAAGAUGUAUAAUUUAACUGCACAAUCUCAAUUGAGUCAAAAUUUUAUUUUGGAUAAAAAUAUUACAGAUAAGAUCGUUAAAAGUGCGAUGAUUGAUUCUAAUAAUCUACUUGUUGUUGAAGUUGGCCCAGGACCUGGUUUAUUAACAAGAUCAAUAUUAGAAACGGGUGUACCAAAUAUGAUUGUCAUAGAAAAAGAUGCUCGUUUUUUACCCGCUCUCACACAAUUAUCAGAAGCCUCUAAAAAUACGCUAAAAGUAAUUCAGGACGAUGUACUUGAGAUAGAUCAUGAAAAAAUUUUGACAGCUGCACAAAUUAAUAAAGUAUCCCAAGAAAAUAGAUUACAUGUGAUUGGAAAUCUUCCUUUCAAUAUCUCAACUCCACUACUUGUACAAUGGAUGAAGAUGUUAUCAAAUCGAUCUGGAAUAUUUCAAAUUUCUAAUAUUACAAUGACAUUAAUGUUUCAAAAAGAAGUUGGAGAUAGAAUCGUGGCAGAUACUUUUAGUCCAGCUCGAAGUCGUUUGUCCGUUUUAGUACAAAGUUUAUGUGAAGCUAAAAAGGUUGAUGCUGCCCUGAUUCAAUUAAUAGCUCUCAAAGAACCUAUUUUAAAUGGUAAAGUUAAAAGUUUUUCGGAUGUUUA